CACAAGUCCACCUCCCGACUCUACCAAAAUCCCAAACCCUAGACCUCCAGGCUCAGAUCCCUCCCCCCACCUUCACCCCUUCAGAGACGAACGCAACAUGCGGAUCCGCAAGAGUGCCUCUCGCCUCCUAGGCUCUGCGUACUCCGCCUCCGCCGCCCCGACCGUUGAUGCGGCGCCUCGGCUCGACCUGCUGCCGCCGCCGCACCCCGCGCCGUGCUCCGCACCCGAAUCCUGCGGCGGGUCCGCCUUCUCGAGCCCCUCUGUCUCCACUGCGGAGCCCUGUGAGCUCAGCCGUUCCCCAUGGGACCUCAUCGCCGACCUCUCCCUCUCCGACAAAAAGGUGGAGGACGAACUCGUGGACAAGUACUUUGUGCAUGUCACGACCCGGGCGAGCUGGCUCUUUUCAUCCACCGUGUCAGCCACCACAUCCACCAAGAAGAAGAAGAAGCUGCCUGCUGCAGUCUACGAGGAUAGCACGCAGCUGAGGCGUGAGGCCGCGAAAAAAACUGCAACGAAUAGGGAGGAGGGCGAGACUAAGAAGAAGGCGAAGGUGAAGAAAGAAGAGGUGCAGCAGGAUGGGGCAGCAGCAGCAGCAGCGCAGGUCUGGAAGUGCAAGAAGAACGAUGGCAGACGGUGGCACUGCAACCGGCCAGUGAGCCAACCUAACACCCUCUGUGAGUACCAUUUCGUGCAGAAGCGCUCCUACUUGAACCCCGGUUUCGAGUUCCACUCCACGGCAGAACUGGAGGGGGCAGCGCCAGCGCCAGCGCCGGUGCAUGCAGCUAGCUCCAAGUUGUCCACCAGCAACAAGCCACGGAAGAAGAAGAAGCCUGGAAACGACUUCAGUGCGACCGAGGGCUUCUACUACUACGCUGGCUUUGGCCCGUUCCGGACCAAGAGGCAGUGUAGAAGCGGCGGCACGAACGAGCCUCUGCCUGCAAAGCAAGAAGAGGAGGAGGAAACACCUGAAUAUGCUUCUCAUCAUACAGAAGAAGAAGAAAAAGAAGCCAAAGUUGCUGGAUUCACCAAUCAGGCUGCAUCUCAAGAUGACGUGUCGAGUUGUGACGACGACAUUGCAGGGAUCGCGGGCGUCGACGAAGAGAGCAGCGAUGGUGACUACGAUGGGAUUGGUCUCGGUGGCUGCAACGUGGAUGGAGCUGCUGAUCCCCAGGCUAGCAUCGGUGAGGUGAGGAGGAAGGCCCCCUGGAAGCGGUGGAGGAAGCCUGUGAAGGCGCGGUCGCUCAAGUCUUUGAUGUGAGCACGCAAGCGCCCGCGUUACUCUUCCAUCUCCGUGGUGUAGAUGUAGAAGAUAAGUUAAUCGGCAGCUUGGCUUAUUCGCUUGCUAACUCCUGUUCCUUCUGAUUUGUAGCUGUUGUUGAUUGACGGACUGUUUGACUUCUUCGUGUUGGUUGGUUGUUCCAUGGUUGUAC